AACAAUGUACUUUUUUGGCAAGCAGUUUGGAAGGAACAUUUGCUGUGUAAUAUUCUAAACAGGAGAAUAAUGCAUUGAGUAGGAAGAAUCACAUCCAGAUGUCUUUUAAAAUAUGAUUAAUCUUACAAAAAUGACCAUGAAAGAGAAAGUGUGGUAAAAGCUACAUUGAUUGCAUUACAAUGUGUUCAGUCCUGCAGCAGUGGUCUUCAUCUGAGCUCCAGUCUGGCAGACUGAAGCUUGCGCUGAGAGAGUGAAGAAAACGGACUCUCCGUGAAGCACCCAAUGGCCAGCCGAAUAACCCAAAGGAAAUAAAUGGUGAAGUUUGAUGCUUCUUUGUUCAGGGCAAGUAUAAGUUGCAAAGAUGGUCGUUGACGGCAGUCUGCGAAAAGAAGAAUACGUCGCCGGGCUGCUUGUGCUGGUGGCGGCGUUUGGGCUCUUCAUGCAUGAAGUCUCUGCUUUUCCUGCCUGGAGAUUUGAGGAAGAAGCUCUCAUGUCUGGUGUUUUAAUCAUUGGUAUUUGCAAAGACGCCCGCUCCCAUGUGCUUCACCUUUCAAGAAACAAACGCUACACGCUUACUCCAGAGAAACUCAAAUGGGACAAGUUCAAGCUGACCUACAAACUCUUGUCAUUUCCAAGGAAUCUUUUGAAUGCUAGUGACACUCGGAGAGGCAUAGCCAAAGCUUUCUCCAUGUGGAGUGAUGUCUCGCCCUUCAGUUUCCGUGAAGUCCCUGCUGAUCAAGAGGCGGACAUCAAAAUUGGUUUCUACUCUGUAAUCCACACCGAUUGUCUCCAUUCGUACCUGCACCACUGCUUCGAUGGUAUCACCGGUGAACUGGCCCACGCCUUCUUUCCACAGACUGGAGAGAUCCACUUUGACGACGAUGAGUACUGGAUUCUAGGAAACAUGCGCUUCAGCUGGAGUAAAGGAGUGUGGCUGACGGAUCUUGUUCACGUGGCAGCUCAUGAGAUUGGUCACGUACUGGGUUUAAUGCAUUCCCAGAACCCCAAAGCAUUAAUGCACCUCAACGCCACACUGACAGGCCGCAAACUCAUCACUCAGGAUGAAGUCUGGGGCUUACACAGACUCUACGGAUGUUUGGAUCGAUUAUUUAUCUGUCCUGCCUGGGCAAGAAAGGGUUUUUGCGAGAGCAAGAGGAGGUUAAUGCAGAAACACUGCCCUUCCAGCUGUGACUUCUGUUAUGAAUUCCCAUUUCCCACUGUCCCACCAACUGCAGCCCCCCCACGAACUAAACACAAGUUUGUUGUGGAGGGAAGGAAUCUCACCUUCCGCUGUGGUAAGAAGAUAGCAGCCAAGAAAGGCAAAAUCUAUUGGUAUAAGGAUGGCGAGCUUCUGGAAUCUUCUCACCCGGGCUACACUUCCUUGAAGGAUGACCACAUUACUAUUGUUGCAAACGCUAUCAAUGAGGGCACAUACACCUGCAUUGUGAGGAAGAAGAACAAGGUGCUGACCACGUACUCUUGGAGAGUACGAGUGCGUUUCUGAAGGCUGGAAAUACUCUCAGAUGAUAUAACCAAAACAUUCAAAUGAAGACAUGCUGGGUAAAAGCAGACCCGAACCGGCCUCCCCUGAUCCCUCUGUCCUCAUUGGAAUAGCACUAGUCUCUGGAUAGCCGCAGUGUUGAAGAAUCACAACUGUAGUGAUCAGGGUUGAAAAAAUAACGGCUGAAAAUUCUGUCAUUUACUCACUCGCGUGCCGCUCCAAAAUACUACUCAUCCCAUCGUUGGGUUAAAAAGUGGACAAACCCAACUCUUGGGUUAAAUUAACCCAGAGAAUGUUUAUAUUUGACCCAACAAUGGGUUAAACAACCCAGCAUAGCUUAAUUUAUAACCCAAUGGUUGGGUUUGUCCAUUUUUGACCCAAUGCUUGGUUGAAAUAACCGACCAUUGUGUGGAUGACUCUUUCUGCAGAACACAAAUGGUGAUGUUUGUGAUGAUCUAUUUUUCCAUACAAUGGAGUUGAACCAAAAAGAUUAUAAGAUUACUUUGACAAACAGACCAAGUUGCAAUUCACAGAUAAAAAGGAAAUCAUGUUAUCUUGUGUAUACAGAUCCCAAAUGAAACAUUGGAGAUUUCAAUAAAGUCAAAUGUCACGACGGUGAGUAUAUUCAUUUUUGGGUGAACUGUCACUUAAGUUCACAACAGAAAAGAGAAACGUUGAACACAUCAAAAUUCCAAUUCAUCAUAAAAAACCCAGUAUUUUUAAUGUCAGGGUUUUUACAUUUGUGUGUUGUAAAUACAUUCCUUAUUUGCUAAUAAAACAAUUUAUUCUGUGAUUUGUUGUAAAUUUAAUAGAAUGUAGUAAGCCAUUUUGCUAUACAACCUGCCCAAGAAGCUUGAGCCAUCACAUAUUUUACCAAGAUCUCCAGGAGAUGCAAAUAUCUCGACUUCUCAAAGCUUCUACCAACGAGCAGCUUUGUGCUCAGCCAAGCUAAAUAUUAUAAUAAGGCCCACACAGACAACACAUUUCAGGUAGCAGUUUCCUCAGUUUGUAAUGCAG